GCGAGGUGUUGCUCUUGGUCUCCACUUCUGCUCUUUGCAAGUUAGUUAGGUUAGUGAUAGUUAAUUAGCUUGGGUGCAGCCAUGUCGGAGACGACGGCCGCGCCGCCGGCGCCGAGGGCGGACGACGCGUGGAGCCAGCAGCAGAGCUACAAUUUCAGCGGGCGCGUGCUGCUCACGGCCGUCGUCAUCCUCUUCGUGAUCGCGGUGAUCUUCGCCGUCACCCGCGUCUUGCUGUACUACCUCGUGGUGCGGCCCCGCGUGGGCGGGGGGCGGCGCGGCCUCGCCGGAGGCAUCUUCCGGUCGCUGAACUCGUUCGGCAUGAGCGGCCGCCGCGGGCUGGACGCGUCCGCGCUCGCCGCGCUGCCGGUCACCGCGUACGUGAGGAGGAACGGCGGCGCCGGCGAGGGCUCCGACCGCCGCGCCCCGGCCGCCGCCGCCGACUGCGCCGUGUGCCUGUCGGAGCUCGCGGACGGCGAGAAGGUGCGGGAGCUGCCCAACUGCGGCCACGUCUUCCACGUGGAGUGCGUCGACGCGUGGCUGCGCUCCAGGACGACGUGCCCUCUCUGCCGGGCCGAGGCGGAGGUUCCCAAGUCAAGGGUGCAGGCGGCGGCGGCGACACCGACCACGUCGUCGUCGCUCGGUACAGGAGGAAUCACCGUGGUCGUGACCAUACACGGCGGCACUAACGAUGCCGGCGGCGACAGGGUCGCGCGCGGCUCGACGGUGCUGACCGGUCAACCGGGACCCUCCUAGCUGCAGUGCAGUGAGGAAUAUAUUGUGAUCAGGAACUUUUGAUAGUAGGGAGCUCUACCAAGCGUAGUUUGUGAAACACCGUGUGAUGUGUGAUUCUUUAUUGAUUUCAUUCCCAUGUGUCUAGCACAGGAGACAACCACUACAAUACUUUUGAUUGCAUUCACGGAAAAUUGCAGAUGUUGUAUAUAUAUCGCGCAGCUUCUUUUUACGGGUUAGUUUAAUUACUCAGGGGUGUUAAUUCGAUUAUUAAUGCAAAUACGACUGAGGCAUGGUAGUUGUCAUGCACUCGUUUCUUUGGGUACUCCUAUUUUAGUUUAUGGCCUAGGGUUCUUGUUUUGUGUUGAAUUUAAUCAUUGAGAGUUUUACG